GGAGGGGACGGCCGCUCAUCGUCUGUGUCUCCCGAUCUGUUUACUCCUCGCGCGCUCGGCUCCCCAGCGGCGGCUGAGUGGGUGGCGGCGGCUGCAGCAGCUGAACCGGCGGCGCCGAUCGGCAGCUGGGUCACCCCUCCCUUCCCCACAACAUCUGCCGCCUUCGCCCUUCCGACGCAGAGCGAACGAGAGUUGCCCCGGGAGAGCCAUGAAGACGGAGAUUUCCACGGCCGCGGGCUUCAUCACCCGCCUCCUCAGGACCCCCAGCGGCAUCGACGACGAGGAGCUGCGUUGCUUCAGCGAGUCCCUCCAGGAGGCACUCCGAGAUCAUUAUAAGCACCACUGGUUCCCCUUGAUGCCCUCCAAAGGCUCUGGGUAUCGCUGCAUUAGGAUCAAUCACAAGAUGGACCCCUUGAUAGGCAAGGCAGCAGGCAUGAUUGGACUAAGCCACGAGAGACUCUUCCAGCUCCUGCCCAGCGAACUAACUCUCUGGGUAGACCCGUUUGAAGUGUCCUAUCGUAUAGGAGAAGAUGGGUCUAUCUGCGUCCUCUAUGAAGGCCCUAAACCAGCCAUGAAGAAUGCCAAAGCUCUGGAGAGCAGAAGCAGCUGUAAAGAGGAGUGGAGAAUUGGCAGAGCCAGCCCUUCCAAGAACUACAACAUGAUGACAGUUUCCAGUUAAAACAAAAAACAAAAACAUUCCCUGUACAAUGAUGUAUGUAUGUAUCCCACUUUGAUAAUGAUGUUAGAUGAUGUAAUUGAUAUGUUGAUUUUCACCCCAUAGUCAUUAAAGUUGUCGUACUACUGCCAAACUCUUUGUUUUGUGGCCAAGGGCUAAUGUAUAAAAAACAGUUCUUUUACAUGUUUUCUGGAUUGUAUACUGUAAAUGAAAUUGUACAGUCAAUGCAAUUGUUUUACAGAUUUAUAUUUUGGAAAAAAAAUCCUUGGCUAUUUGUAAUAAAAAUGAAAUUAAUUUCAUUUAUUUUUUAUUUUUAUAAUGCCUUUUACUUUACAAUAGCGUUCCUUCAUCAUCAUUGCACUUCUUGAGCAAUAACAUGGGGGUGGACAUAAGAAAAAAAGAGAGAGUGGGAUGUAGUUGGGCAUUAUACACUUUAAUAAGAGGGAUUUUUAAAACUUAACCAGUAAUUUGGCUGCACAAACCAUUGUAUUUGGGGAUAUAAACAUUGCUGUACAAAACAAGUAUACUAUGAUUAAAUAUCCAGAAUACUUUUUUAAAGUUCUCCCAAAGUUAUCAAGCAUGGAAUUUGAGUAUUGUACAAAUUUGCUGAAUGGUUUAUUCUUGCCACUUUGGUCAAAAAUCUAUUAAACGUUUUAAUGUUUUAAUAUAUCCAAUAUAUAUUAAAUUUAACGAUUAUUCAAGCCUUCAAAAUAUAAUUGUGAAUGCUUUCUUGGGAUUAAAUUGUCUAAAAGUUUGUUUUGAUCCAAAAGUCUAAUUUAGAAUUAUUUAUGAAAUAUCAAUCUCCUUUCCAAUCCUGAUGACACUUAGAAGCUUACAUAAAUGGAAUUAUGCUCCAUUCAUGUCAAUUAAAAGGAUUCUCAAAGCAGUUGUGAUUUCACUUCAAAUAGGUCGAUUUGAUAGCACAUUUUAAUCCAGUAUUUAAAUCUAUUUACCUACUCUCUGUUUCUGUGAUAUUUAAAAAUGUUUGCUACUGAUCUACUCAAAAUGAAAUUUAAAAAGAACCUCACGUGUUUUUAGAAUCCCAAAAGCUAUUUUAAAAAACUCUCCUAAGGCCUUUGUCAUUCCAAGUAGAGUUUGGUUUUGUAUGUAAUGAAUACAAGCAUUGUAGGUUGUUAAACACUCUAAGCUAUCUUAAUAUGUCACAUUACCAAGGCAAAAGGUGCAGUUAAGGAACAAGUCUGGGCAGAUUCAAAGUGACACGUAUAAUGAAUUGAAAGAGUGGAAUCUCAAUUGUUUUAUAAUUCAGUAAAUAGAAACUCUGUUUAAAAUGAAGAUUUCUAAUGAAAACAGUUUAUUAAACUGCGUACCGAUUUGAAAUAUAUUAUGAAUAUAUUAAAAUCAUUUUAACUUAAAGAUAUAUUGAGAUUUUUUUCCCAUUCAGUUGUGAUAAGUUCUCAGACACUGCCUGGACAAGUCUUUGCAGUUUGCUUGGUGAAUUGUUUUCAGAAGUGGUGUGCCAUUUUCACCUUUCUAGGGCUGAGAGAAAGCCCAAGGUCACCUAGUUGGCUUUAUUUAUUUCUCACCCUUCAUGCCCUCAAUAGGACACCCAUGAUUGCUAUAAUUGAAUCUUAUCAACCUACAUUAUACAGCAUAAAUGAAAAUAUAUUCUCCCAAAGUUUUGUGGUAGGAACCCAGAACAACAUAAAAUCCCAGAAUUAAAACUCCAGAGAAAGGAUUAUAUAUA